AUGGCCAACGAUGGGGACCAGCCUCAGCUCUCGACCGAGUCCGAAAAACACAUAAGCCAGGCGCCUUCCUCGGCCACCGACGUGACGGCCAACAAUGAGAAAGCAUUGUUCAACGCAGCUGCCGCCCCGGCCGAAACGCCUGCACUGAAUCCGGUCAACACCCAGAACAUUGACGUCAAGGAAAGCGAAGAGGAGGAGACGGACCCUUUCGCUCACCUCCCGGAACAUGAGAGGGCUAUCUUGAAGCGGCAGCUCGACACUCCUGCCGUCAACAUCUCCUACCUGGCUCUCUAUCGCUAUGCCAACAAGCUCGAGUGGAUCAUCAUCGCCAUCUCGUCCAUCUGCGCCAUUGCCGCCGGUGCUGUGCUCCCGCUCAUGACCGUCGUCUUCGGCUCUCUCUCCGGCUCCUUCCAAGGCCUGUUCCAGAAAACCAUAUCUCCCAGCGAGUUCAACGAUGAAUUGACCAAGUUUGUUCUUUACUUUGUCUACCUCUUUAUUGGCGAGUUCUUUACCUGCUACAUUGCCACCGUCGGCUGGAUCUAUGUCGGCGAGCGCAUCUCCUCCAGGAUUCGGGAGAACUAUCUCGCUGCCAUCCUCCGCCAGAACGUCGGCUACUUCGACAAGCUUGGUGCCGGGGAGAUCACGACCAGAAUCACCGCUGACGCCAACCUGGUCCAAGAUGGUAUUUCCGAGAAGGUCGGUCUCGUCCAGCAGUCGGUUGCAACCUUCAUCACUGCCUUUAUCAUCGGCUUCGUCAAGUACUGGAAGCUUACCUUGAUCCUGUGCUCCACCAUCUUCGCCAUUGUCUUCACCAUGGGAGGUGGCUCCACCUUUAUCAUGAAGUACAACAAGCAAUCACUUGCUUCUUACGCUCUGGGAGGAACUGUUGUCGAGGAGGUUUUCAGUUCUAUCAGGAACGCUGUGGCUUUUGGAACUCAGGAUAAGCUUGCCCGUCAGUACAACGAGCACCUCGUUGUUGCUGAGUUCUGGGGCAAGAAGCAAAAGACGGUGCUCGCAGCCAUGCUUGGCGCCAUGAUGACCAUUGUCUACCUCAACUACGGCUUGGCAUUCUGGAUGGGCUCCAGAUACCUUGUUGCAGGCGACAUGACACUUUCCGACGUCUUGACUAUUCUCCUUGCCGUCAUGAUUGGCGCCUUCUCCCUUGGCCACAUCGGUCCUUGGCUGCAGUCUUUCACCACUGCCACUGCUGCCGCUUCGAAGAUGUACAGCACCAUCGACAGAGUCUCGCCUCUUGAUCCCACUUCCAAGGAAGGGAGGAAGCUUGACCAACUUGAAGGACGCGUCGAGCUCAGGAGCGUCAAGCACAUCUACCCCUCGCGCCCCGAGGUUACUGUCAUGGACGGCGUUGAUCUUGUCGUCGAGGCCGGCAAAACUACCGCCCUUGUCGGUGCCUCCGGGUCUGGAAAGAGUACCAUUGUUGGGCUUGUCGAACGCUUCUACGACCCGGUUGGAGGCGAAGUCUUGCUGGACGGUGUAAACGUACAAGACCUCAACUUGCACUGGUUGCGCCAACAGAUUGCCCUUGUUCAACAGGAGCCCGUCCUCUUUGCCACGACCAUCUUCAACAACAUCAAGCACGGUCUCAUCGGCACGCAGUACGAGCAGAUGGACGAAGGCAAAAUCCGUGAAAUGGUCGAAAAUGCUGCCAGAAUGUCCAACGCUCACGACUUCGUGUCUGCCCUUCCCGAAGGUUACGAGACCAACGUCGGUGAACGUGGCUUCUUGCUUUCCGGUGGCCAGAAGCAGCGUAUUGCCAUUGCUCGUGCCAUUGUCAGCGACCCGAAGAUUCUCCUUCUGGACGAAGCUACAUCAGCUUUGGAUACGAAAAGCGAGGGUGUUGUGCAAGCCGCACUGGACAAGGCUGCACAGGGGCGGACUACGAUCGUCAUCGCACAUCGUCUCUCCACGAUCAAGACUGCCGAUAAGAUUGUCGUCAUGACCAAGGGCCGUAUCGUCGAACAGGGCAACCACAAUGAACUCUUGGAGAAGAAAGCUGCCUAUUACAGUCUCGUGGAAGCUCAGAGAAUUGCUGCAGCGAGCGAGAAGGUUGAAGAGGAAGAGACCGAGCCCACUGAAACCGACGAUGAGCACCUCAAGCGCAUCGCGUCAUCUCAUUCCGGCAAGGGCGCUUUCUCUUCUGACCCUGAUGAUGAUGUGGCAGCAAGACUGAAGCGCACGCAAACUGGAAAGUCCGAGUCCAGCGUCGCCCUUUCCAAGAAGCAACCCGAGAAAAUGCGGAAUUACUCGCUGGCCACCCUCAUCAAACUCAUCGCAAGCUUUAACAAGCAGGAAUGGCUUCUGAUGCUUCAGGGGCUGUUCUGGUCCAUCAUCGCCGGUGGUGGUAAUCCGACUCAAGCCGUCUUUUUCGCAAAGUCGAUUUCCGCCUUAUCCAAGCCUCCUUCGGAGUACGGCGAGCUUCGCUCCGAGGCAAACUUCUGGAGCUUGAUGUAUCUUAUGUUGGCCCUCACUCAGCUGAUUUCUUUUACGGCCCAGGGGUUGUGUUUUGCCGUCUGUUCUGAGAAGCUCAUCCACCGCGUCCGUGAUACUGCUUUCCGGACCAUGCUUCGACAGGAUAUUGCCUUCUUCGACAAGGACGAAAACAGUGCAGGUGCUCUGACAUCCUUCCUCUCCACGGAGACCACCGCCCUUGCCGGCUUGAGCGGAGCGACCCUUGGAACAAUUUUCACGGUUCUGACAACACUUAUCGGAGCUCUUGCGGUCGGCAUCUCCAUUGGAUGGAAACUUGGUCUGGUCUGUACUUCGACCAUCCCUGUGUUGCUCGUCUGUGGCUUCCUCCGAUUCUGGAUUUUGGCCCGCUUCGAGCAGCGGUCGAAGAAGGCGUACGAGGCUUCAGCUUCUUACGCUUGUGAGGCGACCUCGGCCAUCCGCACCGUUGCUUCUCUGACUCGGGAGGAGGACGUCUACGUCAACUAUCAUCAGCAGCUGGCGGCACAAGGCUCGAAGAACUUGCGUUCAAUUCUGCGGUCUUCGUCACUGUAUGCGCUCUCUCAAUCUGGCAUGUUUCUGUGCACUGCCCUCGGUUUCUGGUACGGUGGGACGCUCAUCGCCAAGGAAGAAUACUCGCUGUUCCAAUUCUUCGUGUGUUUCUCUGCCAUCACCUUCGGUGCCCAGUCGGCUGGUACCAUCUUCAGCUUCGCUCCGGACAUGGGUAAGGCCAAGCAUGCCGCUAUCCAGUUGAAGACGCUAUUUGAUCGCAAGCCCGAGAUCGACACCUGGUCCCAGGAGGGCGAGAAGCUUGAGACGAUGGAGGGCAACAUUGAAUUCCGUAAUGUGCACUUCCGCUACCCGACGCGCCCCGAGCAACCGGUUCUCCGUGGUCUCGAUCUCACUGUCAAACCCGGUCAAUACGUCGCUCUCGUUGGCGCCAGUGGCUGUGGUAAGAGUACCACGAUCGCCCUCCUGGAACGUUUCUACGACCCUCUGACUGGCGGCAUCUACGUCGACGGAAAGGAAAUUUCUUCUCUCAACCUUAACGAUUACCGCAGCUACAUCGCGCUGGUCAGCCAGGAACCUACGUUGUACCAAGGCACCAUUAGGGACAACAUCUUGCUGGGAGCCGAUCGUGAGAAUGUGCCAGAAGAAGCCAUCAUCAAGGCCUGCAAGGACGCCAAUAUCUACGACUUCAUCAUGUCCCUUCCUGAGGCUUUCAACACCGUUUGCGGCAGCAAAGGCACGCUCCUCUCUGGCGGUCAGAAGCAACGUAUCGCCAUCGCCCGCGCCCUCCUCCGCGACCCCAAGAUCUUGCUGCUCGACGAAGCCACCUCUGCGCUCGACUCCGAGUCAGAGAAGGUCGUCCAGGCGGCACUUGAUGCCGCCGCCAAGGGUCGCACCACCCUCGCUGUCGCCCAUCGUCUUAGCACCAUCCAGAAAGCCGAUGUCAUCUACGUCUUCGACGGAGGCAAGGUUGUUGAGUCGGGUACACACAACGAGCUGCUGGCACGCAAGGGCAGGUACUUUGAAUUGGUCAGCUUGCAGAGCUUGGAGAAGCAAAAGUAG